AAAAAAACCAUAUCCAUUCAUGCAUGACAUUCCUCCUUAGGGGUGGUACUGUUCUUUUGACAGCAAAAGGUUUUAAUUAUGUAACCUCUGCUCUAAGGGUUUAGUGCACGCUGGAAAGUGGGAUAGGUGUCUUCCUCGUAAAAUAAUUCUGAACCGACUGAACUUGGCAAAGCAAACUAAAAACUGAACUCAAAGCCCCCAAUUCACUGAGUUGCAGUGGAGUCUCAAAGGUAAAGUGGAAAUUAAUAUUGAACUGCAAGAAGCAAGUCAAUAACCCUCAUAUGUCUCUGUGCUCCUAGGGUAAAACUACUUCCCUUGGUCCCGAAAUGUCGGCAAAACAACAAUGUCUAUUGAGAGAAGCGUCUCACCAAAUUCUGGCUGGGGGUUCCGCUGGUCUUGUGGAGAUCUGCCUGAUGCACCCCCUGGAUGUGGUGAAAACAAGGUUCCAAAUCCAGAGGGGGACUAGUGACCCAAACAGCUACAAGAGCCUCCGUGACUGCUUCCGGACCAUAUUCCGGAAUGAAGGAAUACUUGGCUUCUACAAGGGGAUCCUCCCUCCGAUCCUGGCAGAGACCCCGAAAAGAGCUGUCAAGUUCUUCACCUUUGAACAAUACAAGAAGAUAUUGAGUUUCACCUCAUUACAUCCUGGCUUGGCCCUUUCAAUCGCCGGAUUAGGAGCAGGCCUGACGGAAGCAGUGGUCGUCAAUCCCUUUGAAGUUGUCAAAGUCAGUCUACAAGCGAAUCGGAAUGCAUUUGCAGAGCAACCCUCAACGUUUGGCCAGGCACGGCACAUAAUCAGCACCAAUGGGUUUGGUCUGCAAGGCCUCAACAAGGGGCUGACCUCUACCCUGGGUCGUCAUGGUGUGUUCAACAUGAUCUACUUCGGGUUCUACUUCAACGUCAAGAACAUGUUCCCAGCCUUUCAGGACCCGACUUUGGAAUUCCUGCGGAAAUUUGGAAUUGGACUGGCCUCAGGAACCAUCUCUUCUUGCGUCAACAUUCCUUUUGACGUGGCCAAGAGCCGUAUUCAAGGCCCACAACCUGUCCCUGGAGAAAUCAAGUACCGGACCUGCUUUCAGACCAUGGCAGUUAUCUACAGGGAAGAAGGGUAUUUAGCAUUGUACAAGGGAUUGGUACCCAAGAUUAUGAGACUCGGACCAGGAGGUGCAGUGAUGCUGUUGGUUUAUGAAUACACAUAUGGCUGGCUGCAGAACAACUGGUGAAGGAAAGCCAGUCACCCAGAGGAAGUCUUAAUAAUUUGAAGAUGUUACGAGUGAAUUGUUAGUCCACAAAAGAAGCGACCAUUUUUACAAUUUUAAAGCUGUUGAAUACUGUAGAAAUUAUACAGGAGAUGUUUUGUUUCAUAUACAUAUAGAGAUACAGCAUCCCCUUUCUUUACCCAAAAUCAAAUGAUGUAUUCUGGAAACUAACACAUGGUUUCCGUAUACCAACUUCUGUAUACAGCGUCUAAUUCCAAGUUUGGCAUAGCUGUGUAAGUACUUAAUUGCAGUUGAUUAAAACACAUGCCAGUUCCAGAAAACGUUAGUGCAAGUUUAAACAAAUGAAAAUGAAAUAACUCAUGCCAGACAACAAUGAACUUCAAAGUGCUGGAGUUCCAGCUUUUGAUAUGAUUUUAGUUUUUAAGCAAAUCCACUAUUUGCUGUGUUAAGUGGGUGCUGCCUGUUUAGAUAAAGCAUUGACUGAAACUUAAGCCAUAAAAAUGUACAUACACAGUAUGUUUGAUGUAGUCUCUUUGCCAUGUUUUUAUUAUGCUGUACUGUAGCUCUCUUGGCUUUAUUAUGCUUACCAGUGGUUUACUAUACUUUCACUUUGCUUUUUUACAGUUUGAUAUAAAUAGUGACAGGGUGCUAAUAUGAAUAAGUGUACGUUCCUUUUUUUUUUUUUUUUAAGUGGGCCACCAAACCACAGCAGAUUUAAAAAAAAUGCAAUCUGCCAUUGAGCAAGCCUUAGCAAAGAAUCAUCUUUGUUACUCCUUUUGCUUCAGAAUGAUUCAUAAGCCAAACAUCUAGGCAGCAGUUGACUAAAAUAACUGCUGUGAAUAAAAUAAAUCCCUGUGAAAAACUGUGCGUAGCUAUGCCUGUCACAGUGAGUUACCUGCAUGCAUCUACAAACUUAAAUGUAUUUAGUACUGUUAAAUUAGUUUUAAAUUGAGACUUUUCCUUAAAUGAAUUCAAGCCUUUUGCAUUUACUUGCAUUGAAUGUUUUAUAAAUAUGGGCCAAUUAAAUUUGAAACUAA